CUUCGGUCCUGCACGCAGGCCAACUGCUUGCAGUCCGAAUUCUGUCAAAUGGCCUGGAUGUUUACAAACAAGUGUAGCCCGGUAUGAAGAUGAACAAUCAGUUGUUCAUCAGUGAAAUAAAGAAGAGGAAAUCCCUAUGGGAUUUGCGGAGCGACGUAUAUCACAACAGGAAAGUUGCGCUGAAGGAUUGGCGUGAUAUCGCGAACCUCUUCAAAAUAGACGUGAAUUUGGCAAAGAGAAAGUGGAAACAUUUGCGAGAUACCUUCCGAGUGGAACUAAGAAAGAACCAGUCGUACAUAACGUCUACCAUCGAGACGCAGCCAACUUGCUGGCCGCUGUACGACGACAUGGAAUUCCUAGCGCCGUGCAUAAAGCAGCGACAACUGAAGAACACCAACAUCAAGAUCCACACUUCACACUUCGUGAAAAUCGAAGAAGAGAACAUCAACGAGCAAAGCCUCAAAGACCUCUCGUUCAUCGAGGACGAGGCCAAUUCCUCGGAUUCUGAUAAAUCUAGCGAGGAGUGUUCCACCCGCGACGAGGACGAUGAAGAUCUGCUGUUCUUCAAAAGCUUACUACCUUCCAUCAAGAAACUCUCUGAUAAGCAAAAGUUUCUCUUCCAGCUCGAAGUCCACAAGAGCCUCUUCCAGUUUAUCUACGAGAAAUAAAAUUCACGCAAUGCUAAUGUUAUUUAUUAAAUAAAAAAAUAUACAUAUUCAACGAUCAAGGAACGUAUGUAUGAUUCAUACAUACAUACACGUAUAAAA